UAAUGAGAUGAACAUUAUGGAGUGGAUGGAUUGGUAUUUUUCCAUUUCUUAAGACUUAUAUAUGAUUACAUGAUGAUCAUCUAUUUGUGAAGGUUUUGAAGGGGGUUUGAUUGCUUUGCUUUGCUUUGCUUUCUUUAUAUUUCAUCCAUUCAUUCUCUUCUUUUCGCACUAUUCGCGAAACAUUACAUUCUUUUUCUAUACCAGUACUUUGUAAAUUUUCAUAAAUAUGGUAUUCAUCAAUCCCAAAUCGUUGCCGCUGGCGGCUAGUCUUUUCAUCUCAGCUACUUCGGCUGCAGAUGUGGCAUUAUAUGGUCAAUGUGGAGGUACUGGAUUCACAGGCUCGACAACUUGUGUUUCGGGAGCGGUUUGUCAAUCCCAAAAUGCAUUUUAUUAUCAAUGUGUGGCGGGAACAGGAACAGCGACGAGUGCAGCGGAGGUUAUCUCGAGUACUACAAUCGCUCCUGUAACGACUGCUUUGGCUGUCUCGAGUUUAGCUCCGGUGGUCUCGAGUACUGCUUUACAAGUAUCCUCGGCUACUACGAAGAAAAAGUGCGAUUCGUCUACUUUUGCUACUUCGGUUGCUAAACAAUCUAUUUCGGUGGCCAGCUCUUCGGUUGUUGUUCAAGCAAGCUCGGCUGCUCAAGCGGUUUCCUCCCAGAUUAGCUCUGCAAAAUCUGUAGUCGCUUCAUCUGUCCAAUCGUCAGCAGCGAUUGCAAGAUCCUCUUCUACUUCCAGCGUACCCCUCAUUACUACAACAUUUGCAGCUCUUCCAACCGCCAUUGUUUCCACAUCCUCCGCCCUGAUUAAAUCAACUCAAGCUGCCAUUGUAGCCUCUAGUUCUUCCAGCGCUGCAGUUGCUUCUAUCGCAAGCUCAUCCGCAUCUUCCGGAACCAAAUAUCUAAUGGUUUUCGGCGAUUCCUACACAUCCGACGGAUUCUACGGCGGGGCUCCCCUCCCCUCCGCCUCAAACCCACUCGGAGUCGCCCUCCCGGGAACCACCACCGACGGCGGUCUCGGCUGGCUCGGCGUCGUCGCCACCGAACUAAACAAUUCCCUCGUUCUCGGCUACGACUACGCUGAAUACGGCGCCACCACUGACAACACCCUCGUCAAGGGCGCAACCCACGAUCUCAUCGCGCAAGUGACCGAAUUCUCCACCUACGCCGCACACAAUGUCUCCACCGCUCCCUGGACCGAAGAAAACACCAUGGCCAUCAUCUGGAUGGGCAUCAACGACGUCGGCAACUCCUACUGGGACGGCUUCCCCACUCCCUUCGAGUCCAUCCUCGACAACUAUUUCGCACAACUGCAAAUCCUCUACGAAGCAGGAAUCCGAUACUUCACCCUCUUUACCAUCCCCCCCUUCGACCAAGCCCCCGUAUUCGCAGAGCAAACCGCGCAAAAUAUGGAUUUCGUACGCGGAAAUAUCAGUACCUAUAACGCGGAUCUCGUGACUCGAUUAGCGACGUUCGAGAAAGCGAAUGCGGGUGUUACGGGUACGAUUUUUAAUACGACGGAAUCGUUUUAUACGGCGUUGGAUGAUCCGGCGACUUAUGGGGCGCCAGAUGCAACGUGUAUGAAUGCAGAUGGGACCUCGUGUUUGUGGUAUGAUACUUAUCAUCCGGGACAGGCGAUUCAGAAAUUGGUGGCGGAGAAUUUUGUCAAGGCGAUGAGUGGGAUUUUUGAGCUUUGAUGGGUGUGAGAUGAGAUGGAUGAGAUGAGAUGAGGCGUGUAUAUAUUAUUCUGUUGUUCAAAAUUAGGGCGAGGUAGAAGAUGUAAAUAUUGAAGAAGAUUGUGAGGAGCGAGGGAGUCAGGUUUCUGUGGGAUUGGGAAGAACUUUCUCCCGUUCAUCUGUAUAUAUCUGACUUUCAGUGUUCAGCUUCUAGCAAGUAUAUACAUAUUUUGAAAUCUUUUGUGUAAA